UAAAGCAGCAUUACAUGUAAACACGUACAUACUCCGCGUUGACUGAAUAGAUGUGAUUUUAGUGACUAGGAACAAGUAGUUAGUAUAAUGUGUUGUUUAUUAGCCAGUUUCAUCCCGUUUGGGGCGAGACUUGGCAGCGAUGCUCUUAUUCGUUAAUCAAUCUGACGUUAUGGUUGCUUCCCAUCCCAAAUACAACUGGUGCUAAGCUGCGAUGCUAACGCUCGGAUCCCUGACUAUACAUAUAUACAACAAAUAUAUGGGGAAAAGGCGCGUAUGAAACUAUACAUUUCCAUGUAAUUCAAUUAGAUGAUGGUUACCAUGCAGAUGUGUAUUUGCUUCCUUACCAAAGGUUGCGUCUCUCCGUUGACUGGAGGUACCUGGAACCUGUCGAUUUCUUCCAUCAUUUUGACAAAAAUGUAAUUGUAACGGUUCAGUAUUUAGCAUAAAUAAUGUUAGGCGUCUUAAGUAUCCCGGUUCGAGAUGCUCAGCUGUCGGAAUCCUUCGUUAUGCGACAUUAUAGCGGUUGGUUUUCCUCCAUCCCGACAGAGGUGACUCGACAGCAAAACAGCAGCACCGCCUAACUUCCGGGUUUGUUAAAUAUUCAUGAGCACCCUGUCCAAUCAGAGAGAAGAUCAUAAUGAAGUGCGCAAUGAAGAAAAUCCGUGCUUCUACUCACUUUUAUUUACAUAAUAAACACUAACCAAUCAGUUUCAGUUGACAAUGUAAUUUAACGAAACAAACUGUGAAACGGAUGACGAUGGAACACUGUCUUGCUGUUGUUCUGUGAAUUGUUAAAUAAGGAGGGCAAAAUGUCGUACUGUGGACGCACAUUAUGACUUUAGGCCAUGUUUGCGUUAUAUGCAGUACUGCAAUGCAUCUUUAGGUGGCGGUAUUGCACACCUUCGACAAACUGGUUGUCCAGGAAACGUGUUAGAUAUGCCGACUAGUAACGUUACAGCGCCUGUGAAAAAGAAGGUACUUGGUGCAAAGUCACAAAAGGCUACUAAUAAAAGAAAGGAGGAGGAAGAUGACAAUGGUGAUUAUGGCUGGGAAGAAAGAGCCCAGGGGAAACUUAUUAAACCUACAGAUCAAUUGGAUCUCACUGAUGCUGAACUGAAAGAGGAAAUAACAAGGAUCCUGACAGCAAAAAAUCCACAUGCUCCUCAAAAUAUAGUCCGAUACAGCUUCAAGGAAGGUGCUUUCAAGCUGACCAGUGUCGUUGAUCAGCUGGCUGUCCACUUUGUUUUGGAUGGUUGUCUCAUACAUCAGGACUCUGAUGAGGCCCGUAGGCUGGCAGCCAAUGAAGACUUUCCUGAAGAGACAGCAACAGUCGAUGCUGGACCAGAGGAAGAGAAACCUGAAGUAUUGGAUACGUCUGGGGAUGGAGGUGAUGAGGAUGAUGCUGGAGAAGACGACAGACCAGACAGUGUUGCCUCCAAAACAAACAAUCAAGAGCCAAAAUGUACAAACCAGUUCAACUUCAUCGAAAGAGCCUCUCAAACCCUCAAUAAUGCACUGCGGGACAGAGGCUGCCAGACUGUACCUCCACCGCGCUGCAACUACUCCGCCACUGCUAGUCAGUGGGACAUAUAUGAUGCAUACACGGAGGAGCUGCACAAACAAGAAAUGAAAAAAGACAAGCAGAAAUCCAAGAAAGAUGGUGACAAAAACAAAAAAAAGAUUAUGCUGGUUGAUACACCGAGCGAUGACAACCACCACAUGACCACUGCAAUCAAGCUCUUGGAACGAAUGGUCAAUCAGAAUACAUGUAAUGAAAUAGCACAAGAUUUUAAAUACUUUGAGGAUGCGGCAGAUGAAUUCAGGGAGCAGGAAGGCACUCUUCUCCCCUUGUGGAAGUUCCAGUGUGACAAAGCCAAAAUGAUGUGUGUCACUGCCCUCUGCUGGAAUGAAAAAUAUCCAGAUCUUUUUGCUGUGGGAUUAGGAUCAUAUGAUUUCAGCAAACAAGGCCGUGGAAUGCUUCUUUUCUACACAUUGAAGAACUCUACCUUCCCUGAGUACAUCUUCCCUACAAGUUCUGGCGUCCUGUGCCUGGAUAUCCAUAAACAACAUUCCUACUUGGUGGCUGUAGGCUUCUAUGACGGCUGUGUGUGUGUGUACAACUUGAAGAAGAAAGGAUUGGACCCUGAGUAUAAGAGUACUGCUAAUACCGGCAAGCACACCGACCCUGUCUGGCAGGUACGCUGGCAAAAUGAUGACAUGGACAACAACCACAAUUUCUAUUCUGUGUCGUCUGACGGCCGUGUUGUGUCUUGGACACUCAUUAAGAAUGAGCUGGUCUUCUCAGAUGCUAUCAAGCUAAAGCUGACUGACGCAGUGUCUGAUGGCCCAGAUGGUAUUCAGGAGCUCACCACUGCUGGUGGUACAUGCUGCGACUUCCACAAACAGAUUGACUGUCUCUUCCUUGUUGGCACCGAGGAGGGUAAAAUACACAAGUGCUCCAAGAAUUACUCAAGCCAAUAUCUAGAGACGUAUGAUGCCCACAAUAUGGCAGUGGAUGCGGUAAAGUGGAAUCCCUACCACCCAAAGGUUUUUAUGUCGUGCAGUUCGGACUGGACCGUAAAGAUCUGGGACCAUACUGUCAACAUUCCCAUGUUCACCUUUGAGCUCAAUGCAUCAGUUGGUGAUGUGGCCUGGGCACCGUACUCCUCCACUGUCUUUGCUGCCGUCACCACAGAAGGAUUGGUUCAUGUCUUUGAUCUGAGCAUCAACAAGUACCAGGCCAUCUGCCAGCAGCCAGUGGUAGCCAAGAACAAGACCAAGUUGACUCACAUUGAGUUUAAUCCCAUCCAUCCCAUCAUCAUCGUCGGUGAUGACCGAGGCAUCGUGAUCAGCCUCAAACUCUCCCCUAACCUUCGCAAGAAACCAAAGUGCAAAAAGGGUCAAGAGUUGCCUGAAGGUCCUGACGUGGAAUUCGCCAAGAUGGAGAAGCUUCUCAGCCUAUUGAGGGACCCCGAGCAGAGUGCAGUUUAAACACAUCCCCAUGGUAUUCUUUCUGUUUAUUCAGUGAGUGCAACAAAUAAGAACACUUUUUGCCAAGGAAGUCAAUUUUUUUUUCUUAGCCGCAAGUGUUUGUGAACCUGUAACGAGUAUUUUUUUAGACCAAGAAAUAACAAAGUAGAGCACUGGCUAUUUCUGUGUACCAUUGUAAGUAUACAUACUACAUCCAUCAUAUUUAGACCACUAUAAUACUGUAGUAGUGCAUGGCUUUAUGGGCAUAUUUUCCUUUUUUUAUUGCAGCCAAGCCUCAAGAUGAGGGCUAAUGUUUUGAAAA